CAAGGGAGAAAUAACAUUUGUUGGGAUGAGUUUGUCAUGGAUUUGGGGGCCAGAUUCAAGGAAGAUGAUCACAAUGAUAUAGUAGAAGAAUUCAAUAAACUCUGUCAAACAGGAGACUUAGAAGAAUAUGUGGAUAAGUUUGAAGAACUUAAAGGGCUGUUGUUAAGGAAGAGGCCUAACAUGCCUCAGGAGUAUUUCUUGGAUAGCUUUAUUGCAGGACUAAAGCCACAAAUUAAGCCUUUUGUGAAGGCUUUUGCUCCAACAUCAGUAACUAAGGCCAUUAGUUAUGCAAGGUUGCAAGAGCAAACUGUGGAGGCCUGGAGAACUCAAGAUAAAUCCAACAAGCACUCACAACUUCAAUCUAACAUGGGAAGGAAUAAUACACCUUUACUAGCUAAGCCUGAAUCAUCUGCCAAAUCCAGCACUCCAACAGGCUAUCAGGGUGCAUUCAGACCUCAAGGCAGUUACAACACGCCUAGCUCAGCCAAUAAACCAGCCUUCACGCAGAGAAAUCCCAAGUUCAUCCCUGCAUCUGUCAGGGCUGAGAAAAUAGCAAAAGGGCUAUGCUAUUAUUGCGAUAAACCAUUUGAGAAGGGACACAAGUGUGAGAACAGGGAGACUCAACUAUUUCUGGUAGAAGUGCUGGGAGAGGAAGAAGCUGAGCAAUUUGAAUUGGCUGAGGUGGAAGCGAGGGUUGAUAAUGACCCCUCCAUUUCAUUUCAUGCUAUAUAUGGGGGCAAUGGAUACCAGACAAUGAGAGUCACUGGGUUUGUGGGCAAGAAAGCUUUACAACUCUUGAUUGACUCCGGGAGUACACAUAAUUUCAUGGACAGCAAUGUAGCUUGUUAGAAUGAGUGACCAACGCUAGAGGGGGGGUGAAUAGCGUUUGAUCGUAGAAAUCGCAGAAAUAAAAAAUUAAGAACGUG